AUCAAUCAGUAUGACCAGCCAACCCAUCAAACCCUCUAUCGUUUCCAUGCGAACCAGUAAUCCCAUCCGGGCUAUUGUUGAUUCGCUCAAGGUCACUCCUAACCCUGCAAAAUCCAUGCUUUCUCUUGCUCUCGGCGAUCCUACUACUUUUGGAAACUACAAGCUUCACCAGAGUUGCGUCGAUGCUGUUAAAAAUAAGCUAGACGCAUACUCUGCUAACGGAUAUCCUCCGUCUAUCGGUACUGUGGCUGCUCGUACCAGCAUUGCAGCCAAGUACACUCAUCCGAAUGCACCCUUGACCGCCGAUGAUAUUAUUUUGGCCAGCGGAUGCUCGGAUGCCCUUAACCUUUGCAUUGGUGUUCUGUGUGAUGAAGGGAAAAAUAUUCUUCUUCCCAUGCCAGGGUUCCCACUUUACGAAACCCUGGCAAGCUCCAAGGGUGUUAGUACUCGCUUCUAUCAUCUGCAGCCACACAAUAAUUGGCAAGUUGAUCUUGCCCAUUUGGAAUCGCAGAUUGAUGAAAACACUGCGUGCAUUGUUGUCAACAAUCCUAGCAAUCCUUGUGGAUCCGUAUACACCAAGGAGCAUUUAAUUGCUAUUCUUGAUAUUGCCGAGCGUCACCAUCUUCCUAUUAUUGCAGAUGAGAUCUAUGCAGACAUGGCAUUCAAGCCACACGAGUUUUUCUCAAUGGCCUCGCUUACUACCAACGUCCCUAUUCUUUCAACUGGUGGUAUUGCCAAAAAAUACCUUGUUCCUGGAUGGCGUGUAGGCUGGCUUUUUAUCCACGAUCGUCAUAACAAAUUCUCAGAGAUACGCAAAGGACUAGUUAAUCUUUCCCAGCUCAUUCUCGGUGCUAAUUCGCUGAUUCAAGCCGCUAUUCCCGAGAUUCUUGCUGCACCGCAGUCAUUCUACGAUGAUACUAUGAAGCAACUUGAAGAAAGCAGCCACCUUAGUCAAGAAUUGCUCAAGGGAAUUCCAGGUCUUUGCCCAGUGUUUCCACAGGGAGCCAUGUAUCUUAUGAUUGAGUUGAAAUUGGAAGAGUUUGAUGGAAUUAAAGAUGAUGUUGAUUUUGUGGAGAAGCUUGUCGAAGAAGAGUCUGUGCUGCUGCUACCAGGAAAGUGUUUCCGAUGCCCAGGACCCUUUGUUCGUAUUGUGCUGACACCUCCCAAAGAUCAGCUGGAAACAGCGUACCAACGCAUUCGAGCAUUCUGCGAGCGACAUCAGAGUGCUGCAAGCAUCGAGAAGCAAAAGGCAAAGUAAUUCAAUACCAAAUGGGUAUUUAUGAUUUAUAUUCUAGACAAUCUGUCUGAGUUGAGUCUAACGCAAUAAAGCAUAAUGAAUGCAUG